AAAUUGCUGAAGAGCUUGGCUUAGAGUCGACUGGUUUUCGCCUUGAACUUAUAGAGAGGAUUAGAAAACAUUUGGAAGUAAAAAAUGAUGAAAUUUCUACGGAUAUUAAUCAAAUAGGUACUUCGUCAAGUCGUCCAGAUCCUAAAGAUAGUAGCAGUAAACCGCCUACUGAAAGACAAGUUAUUACUUCUUCUCCGAAUGGUGAAAGAGAACCAGAUGAGUCUGAAACUUCUGAUAGUGAUAGUAGGCAGCAGGAAAUUACUAUCAAUGCUAGAUCUCAAGACACAUCAAGCUCUGAAGAGUCUAAUUUAGAGUAUAACGCAUCGCGUAGUGCACCAAUAGUAAGGGCUUGGGAGGUUCAAGCUAUAAAUGAAUUUCUACUUCGGCUUAGAAAUUAUGUUUCAAAUUCGCGGAAAUUUGUGCAAGGCGUUAUACUAUGUGAACUUGUGGUUUUUUUAUAUUGUGCGAUCGAAUGGGAUAUUAAAAUUGCCACAGUUCCUAUUCCAUUCAUUUUCAAAGACUCCUCGGGAGAUGUAUAUGAUAUCCGUAUUCCUAAUUUCAGCUUUAUUAUUGAAUGGCAUCGUUUUUGGCGUCCUUUGAUUUCAUUUUUGUUUUAUCUAUUUUUAUUACCACUUUGCUUCUCAUAUAUUUUUAAUCUUGAGCCCCGUCAACACGUAUAUAGUCCACUUGCUUUUUCUGUUGCACAGUAUGGAAUAUUUUUUACCACUGCUGGCCACUUCGAUUGGGCCGAGGACGUGCGCGAUUUUAUUCCUGACAACCUUAUUUACACUGGUGCCGGAUCUGCUGUGAUUUUUUCUCUUUAUGAGAGUAUUUUGA